AUGAGUCGUUUGGGAGUUUUCUUGGUUUUUCUUAUAUCAUCGGAAUACAUUCACUUGGUGUCGUCAAGGGUGAGACCUGUCAAACUCUCUCAACAGAAGGGAGGUGAUGUACGAGGGCAACGACCCAGAAAGACCCAACUCAUUAAAAGUCAUGGAAUGUACAAAACCUUCAACCUUCGAACAGAUUUUCGCCCCUGGGAACAACGAGAAGGUCCAUUUUACAUUGUUCCGUACACCAUCACAGGACAGUCUGCAAAGGAAGAGAUGAACUAUAUUGAAACCGCAAUGGCGCACAUUCAAAACAACACGUGCAUUCAAUUCAGAGAAUGGAGAGGAGAGAAGAAUUUUCUUAAGAUAGAAGAUGAGCCGCUGAGAUGUUUCACAGAAGUUAACAAAACUACUCCAAUGAUUUUGAAUCUUGAAAAAACCCAUCGAACCGAAGAAGGCGAAGAAACAUGCAUGACCGUAAAAAUAGUGCUUCACGAGCUGCUUCAUGCAGUGGGACUCGAACACGAACAUCAACGCCCCGAUCGCGAUGAACACGUCAAACUUGUCGAGAAGAACAUCGAUCCCAAUGAAACAGAUCAGUACAAAAAGUUGAAACCACAAAAAAUUGCCACUUUCGGUCUUCCCUACGAUUACAAUUCAAUCAUGCAUACGAGAAAACGGCUUUCGGAAUAG